AUGGACUGCUUAUAUAUGAACUAUGUUGCACGCAUUUUGGGGGAUUUAAGGGCUCAGUGCAGGCACACCCAGCCAACUGUAGCUAUUGCAUUGUGUAUCAUUAGGUACCAAAAAGAACGGAGGGAAACGGAGGGGAGAGGCAGGCAGGGUGCAGGAACAGCGAGCUCGCUGUUGAGGGCGGCGAGCACGGGUGGCGGAGGGGCGAGGCGCCGGCGGAGACCCGGUGGCGCGCAGCGUCCGGAUAUACCGGGGCCAUCAAGGGCGGGCGGCGGCGCGGCGCGGGAAUCCGCUCACGCGUGCCGGGGAAGCGCGGAGGACGGCUGGGCCGAGCCCUCGGGGAUGUCGGGGAAGGGGGCGGGGACUUGGGCAUGUGUCCGCGUUCUAACGUUUCCCUACAAGCUUGUAUCUUCGUCGAUAUCCGUAGAGGCACUACAGUUCGCAGGCUUAGAGACGUUUGCAGUUACCGAAAGUGGAAUCACCCCGGGGGGGUGGAUGCGAGAGGGAGAUGGACGAGAGUCGGGCGUCGGCGCGCGGGCGCUAGCGUGGUCGAGGAUGGCGCUGCACCAUACAGCGGCGGCACGCAUGUGGGCAAGGCCACAGCCAGCCGUGGCCACUAUCAGUUUGGAUGAUGCAAGAGAUUUGAAUGCAUUGGAGGUGUGUGCCUUUCAGGCGCGACACUGGCGAUGGCGCGCCGAGAAGGCCUGCGAACUUGAUCGAACUGAUGCUCAGGCACGGGGAGCGUGUGGAGAAAUGACCGUCUCGGGCCGGCCGUGCGCCCUGCGCUAUCCCCGAGGUCCCCGAGGCCCUGCCGUCCUCGAUGCCCACGCCGCCAUCAGUGGCCUCUGCCGCCUGGCCCUCGUGCUCGCCGUCCCCGAUGCCACUGCGAUAUCAUCGGACGCUGCGUCCGACUGGGUCUCGGCCGGCGCCUCCCCGCUCCGUCACCCGUGCUCAUCGUUCCCGACAGCGAGCUCGCUGUCCUUCCGUCCUGCCCUCCCCUCCCAUCCGUUUCCCUCCAUUAUUUUUAGCACCUGCUUCCAUUUAAAACGCGCAAUCAAUGAUAUAAGAUGCACCAGAGACAGUUUCCUGGGUGUGCCUGUACUGAGCCCUGACACCAUCCAAAAUGCGUGCAAUACAGCAGCAUACGCAAGCGUUAAACUGAUCAUCUAUGUUCUGCAUCAGAUACUUGUAGACAAUGGCUGCUUUAAAUCAAAAUAG